AUGGCAGCAAGUAGUGAUGUAAAGCUCCUCGGGUCACGUCUAAGCCCAUUCGUGAACCGGGUUCAGAUUGCCCUGAAUCUCAAAUCAGUAGACCAUGAAUUCAUCCUGGAGAAUUUGCAGGCAAAAAGUGAGCUCCUUCUGAAAUCCAACCCAAUUCACAAGAAGGUCCCAGUUCUCAUCCACAACCAUAAAUCCAUAUGCGAAUCACUUGUGAUUGUGCAAUACAUUGAUGAAGCCUUCCCAGAUGGUCCAUCAAUCCUUCCUUCUAAUCCCUUUGACCGGUCAACUGCUCGCUUUUGGGCUGCUUAUAUUGAUGACAAGUGGUUUCCAGUAUUUAGGAUGCUGGCUGAUGUAAAACAAGAUGAAGAGUCAAGGGCAGCAGUUUUGGAGAAGAUGACAGAAGGAUUAGUACCAUUGGAGGAUGUAUUUUUGAAGUUUAGUAAUGGAAAAGGGUUUUUCGGUGGAGACACAUUAGGCUAUAUUGACAUAGUUUUGGGCUGUUAUUUGCGUGGUAUAAACGCUACAGAGAUUCAUUUGGGCAGGAAAAUACUGGACGAAACCAAGAUUCCUGCACUUGCGGAAUGGGCUCGCAGGUUCAUCUCUCAUGAAGCAGUGAAGGGUGCUUUUCCGGAGACUGAAGAAUUCCUCAACCUUUUCAAGACGAUGGAAUCUGCUAAGGCUGCGGCUGCUGAAUCUGAAGCUUCUAAUUGA